AUGAACGGGCCGGUGGAUGGCAUGUAUGACUCCUCUCUCAAUGAAGAAGGGGCCUUCAUGUUCACCUCGGAAUCCGUAGGAGAGGGACACCCUGAUAAGAUCUGUGACCAGAUCAGUGACGCGGUGCUGGAUGCCCACCUCCGGCAGGACCCCAAUGCCAAGGUGGCCUGCGAGACGGUGUGCAAGACAGGCAUGGUGCUGCUGUGCGGGGAGAUCACCUCCGUGGCCAUGGUGGACUACCAGCGGGUGGUGCGAGACACCAUCAAGCACAUUGGCUACGACGACUCUGCCAAGGGCUUUGACUUCAAGACCUGCAAUGUGCUCGUGGCGCUGGAGCAGCAGUCCCCUGACAUUGCCCAGUGCGUCCACCUGGACAGGAACGAAGAGGACGUCGGUGCAGGAGAUCAGGGCUUGAUGUUUGGCUACGCCACCGACGAGACGGAGGAGUGCAUGCCCCUCACCAUCAUUCUUGCUCACAAGCUCAACGCCCGGAUGGCAGAGCUGAGGCGCUCGGGGGUGCUCCCCUGGCUCAGGCCCGACUCCAAGACUCAGGUGACCGUGCAGUAUGUGCAGAACAAUGGCGCUGUCAUCCCUGUGCGUGUCCACACCAUCGUCAUCUCAGUGCAGCACAACGAGGACAUCACGCUGGAGGACAUGCGCAAGGCCCUGCAGGAGCAGGUGAUCCGGGCCGUGGUGCCCGCCAAGUACCUGGACGAAGACACCAUCUACCACCUGCAGCCCAGCGGGCGCUUUGUCAUCGGCGGUCCCCAGGGGGACGCGGGCGUCACCGGCCGGAAGAUCAUUGUGGACACGUAUGGCGGCUGGGGGGCGCACGGUGGCGGGGCCUUCUCCGGGAAGGACUACACCAAGGUGGACCGCUCGGCGGCUUACGCUGCCCGCUGGGUGGCCAAGUCCCUGGUGAAGGCAGGGCUGUGCCGGAGAGUGCUCGUGCAGGUUUCCUAUGCUAUCGGUGUGGCCGCGCCGCUGUCCAUUUCCAUCUUUACCUACGGAACCUCGCAGAAGACGGAGAAAGAGCUGCUGGACAUUGUGAAUAAGAACUUCGACCUCCGGCCUGGCGUCAUCGUCCGGGACCUGGAUUUGAAGAAGGCCAUCUACCAGAAGACCGCGUGCUACGGCCACUUUGGAAGAAGCGAGUUCCCCUGGGAGGUUCCCAAGAAGCUGGUGUUUUAG